CUGCAGAGAACAAAAAUUAAAAAAAUAACUAAAACACAAAGAAAAGAUGGAAUAAACUUCUGUUUCUGUGAUAAAAACUGAACAAAAACAGAAUAAAAACAGAAUAAAAACAGACAUCUGCCUCCAGUCUAACCUGUCAAACUGCUUCCUGUCGGCUCCACCUGCCCCGGCACCUCCUCCUCUGAUUGGCUGAGCCAGCAGCCAAUCAGCAGCCUGCUCUGCCCCCAGAAGGAACUGAGAGGUAGAUGAGAGAGACCCUCAGUGUGAGCCGGUCAGCAGCAGGGAGAGGACCUGGACCUUCUGAUCCACAACCAGGACUAGAUCUGGACCUGAACCACAACCAGGACUAGAUCCUCCAGAACCAGGACUAGAUCUGGACCUGUUUAGAAGACCUGGAUCUGAUCAGAACCAGGAGAUAAAACCUGACGCUUCCCCUCAGCAGAGGUUCUGAUCCUCCAGACCCAGGACCAGACCUGGACCUGAUCAGACCCAGGACCAGACCUGGACCUGACCGGAAUCAGGACUAGGCCUGGACCAGAUCAGAACCAGAACCUUAAACCAGAAUCUUCUCAUCAGAGCAUGUUAGAAAAACACUCAUGGAUUUAGUCGACCUCUACCUGCCCGAGUGUUUCACCUACCACCCAGAUACUGAGCUUCUGGGCAGGAUGUCGGUGAGGGGUCUGGACCCCACCACUCCCUCCUCAAUAAAGAGGGAACCCUCCAGCCCCAGCUCUCAGGGGGACGUCAGCCCGGCUCAGCCCAGCCCAGGGAGCUCCUCCUCGGACACCAACUCCAGCUACGGCCCCCUAACCAAGAACCACAGUCUGACCAAUGGACUGGACUCACCUGGACUCUACGGACACACAGCAGGACUGAACAACGCCGGAGCAGCUAACAGGAGGUUCGAGGACGACGGCCAGGUGAAGUGUGAGUUCAUGCUCGGUUCGGUGGCUAAGCGGGUUUGCUUGGUUUGCGGUGACGUGGCGUCCGGUUACCAUUACGGCGUGGCCUCCUGUGAAGCCUGCAAGGCCUUCUUCAAGAGGACCAUCCAAGGUAACAUCGAGUACAGCUGCCCGGCCUCCAACGAGUGUGAGAUCACCAAGAGGAGGAGGAAAUCCUGCCAGGCCUGUCGCUUUGUCAAGUGUCUGGCGGUGGGGAUGCUGAGAGAAGGUGUUCGUCUGGACCGAGUUCGAGGAGGAAGACAGAAAUAUAAACGGAGAAUAGACGCUGAGAACAGCCCAUAUCUGCAUCCUCAGAACUCACUGCCGCAGAAGAAAACCUUCUCUGUAGGCGGCGUGGUCGAGAACAAAGUGGUGUCUCUGCUACUGGUGGCCGAACCGGAGGGCAUCUUCGCCAUGCCGGACCCCACGGUGCCGGAGAGCGACAUCAAGGCCCUGACCACGCUGUGCGACCUGGCCGACCGGGAGCUGGUGGUUAACAUCGGCUGGGCCAAACACAUCCCAGGCUUCCCCUCCCUGUCCCUGGCGGAUCAGAUGAGUCUUCUGCAGAGCGGCUGGAUGGAGAUCCUGAUCCUGCGGGUGGUCUUCAGGUCUCUGGGUCUGGAGGACAAGCUGGUCUACGCUGAGGACUACGUGAUGGAUGAGGACCAGUCCAGGCUGGCCGGUCUGCUGGACCUCAACAACGCCAUCCUGCAGCUGGUCAAGAAGUUCAAGAGCAUGGGGCUGGAGAAGGAGGAGUUCGUGGUGCUGAAGGCCAUCGCCCUCGCCAACUCAGACUCGAUGCAGAUUGAGGACCAGGAGGCGGUCCAGCGGCUGCAGGACGUCCUCCACGGCGCCCUGCAGGACUACGAAGCCGUCCACCACCCGGAGGAUCCUCGCCGGGCCGGGAAGAUGAUCAUGACGCUGCCGCUGCUCCGGCAGACGGCGGCUCGAGCCGUCCAGCACUUCUGCAGCAUCAAACAGGACGGCCGGGUGCCGAUGCACAAACUGUUCCUGGAACUGCUGGAAGCCAAAGCCUGACCGGAGGGGCGGGGCUUCGGAUAGGAGGCGGAGCUUAGUCGAAGGCUAACGGGUAACGAUGGAGGUUUCACAUCACGUAUUCGUCAUUUUUAGCUUCCAUCUGAUGGGAAAGUCGGCCAGAACAUUUUCAGAGCCGAGUUUGAAGCUUAGCGUCUCCGUGACGACGAAGGCUGCGAUUGGUUGGACGACGAAAAGGAAGAAGAAGCCUGAUUGGCCAUCCAGAGACGUUUCCAGUUCAUGCCAAACGUAGAGCUUCUUCUCUCCAGACACCACCUUACUUGAAGAUCCUCCUGGAUUAUCUGACUCAUCUGUAAAAACCCACAUUCUAGUGCGUUCAGAGAACUCUCAUGAUUUGAUUUUUUGUUUCGUAGACGUAAAGACGUAAACUUAGUCUCGCCAAAGACUUAUGUUAUCGAAUAAUACCAGCAAACAUCCACAGUAAUAAUAAUAAUAAUAUUAAUAAUAACAAUACAAUGUGGCCUGCAAGACUUUCACAUAAACCUGCAUCUUUGCUCUGCUGUGUGUCGCUACGAUGUCUGAUAUCUACCCACAUCCAUUUAGACCGGUUCUAGUCGACGACUUCAGGGACAGGAAGUGAUAUUUACCCAGCUGUAUUCUGUUCUUUCUGUUUUCCUAACGUGGCAUUAUUAACGAGCAGCAGCCGAUGAUUUUUUAAAAGAUUUUUAACGGUGUAAGAUGAUUUUUUUACUAGCUUCUCUGCUAACGGCACUGAUACCUAUCCAGAGCAUAUCAUGAAACGUCUGUACUUGAAUCCGGAUUAGCGAGGCGCUGCUUGAUGUCUUUUCUAUGGUAGGAACUCGUGCACUGCUGUUUCCUUUUAGCCAGGAAGUUUUUUGGGGGUGAAUCGGUGAUGUUAAUCUGUUAGCGUGUUCUGUGUGAAGACUAGUUUGUUUGUUUGUGUUUUUGUCUUGAAUGAAGGUUUGAAUCAACUCCUUAUUUAACUCCAGGUACUGUGACGCUCUGACGUUCAGAUCAGAUGUAGCAGCGAUACGAUGAUCUGCUGGAAACGCUGGAGAUCAUAAUUACAGAACAAUUCAUGGACGCUUGAUUUCUGUAGUUAUCUUCGUCAUUAGCUGUGGCCACCAGAAGAGUGUUUUACAAAAUAACCAACAAGCACUUCAACAAAAAAGCUUUAUUUUGCAGAAAACACAAUGAUCAAAACCAGAGAACAACAAUGACUGUAGGGUUAGCAUUAGGGCUAAUGCUAACCCUAACAAGGUCAUUAAAUUAACCUUCGUUAAACCAAACUUAAUUUAAAAAAGUUCGGAUUGAAAGCCAGACACUGAACAUUUAUGAUUGAAUUCUGAUCUUUAGCUCUAAUUUGGUCACCUGAAGCAGAUUUUAAAUGAAUAUUUUAAUUUAAAAAACAUCUAAAUUCUGUGAUUUUCUGGUUUCUUUCCUUUUUUGUAAUGGUAAGCUGAAGAUCUUCGGGCUGAUGCAAUUUGUUUUUUACCAUUUUGUGAGAUUUUAAAGACAAAACAACUCAUUUUGAUGAUUAAUUAAUAAGUUGGAGUCAUUUUUCAAGAGGAAAAAAGUCUAAAUUUAGUGAUUUAAGCUUCUUAAAUGUGAAUAUUUUCUAGUUUCUUUCCUCCUCAAUGACAGUAAACUGAAGAUCUUUGGGGUGAUCCACAUUUUUCACCAUUUUAUGAGAUGUUAAAGACUGAACAACAAAUUUUUUCAUCUAUAUUUAAAAUUAUCUAUAGUUACAAACCUUUAAUGAACCUUCCUCAAAUCAAACUCUAUUCAAAAGCAUUUAAUUUUAAACUAGAAAGAGAAUAUUUAGGAAUAAAUCCUGAUUUUUAGCUCCAAGUUUGGUCGCCUUCAGCAGAUUUUACAAUCAGGUUAAAUGGAUUUUUCAUUAAAACAGUCUGAAUUCUGUGAUUUCAGCUCCUUAGGUGUGAAUAUUUUCUGAUUUUGUUCCUCUGUGACAAUGAACUAAAGAUCUUUGGACUAAACAAGACAUUUCAGGAAGCAAUGAUCUACAUUUUUCAUAAUUUUCAUAGAUUUUAUAGAUAUUUUUAGUUGCAGUCCUUCAAUGAACCUUCAUUAAACCAAAAUAAAUUUUAAAAAAUUCAAAUGUAAAGCCAGACAGAGAAUAUUUAUGAAUAAAUCCUGAUUUUUAGCUCCAAGUUUGGUCACCUCCAGCAGAUUUUACAAUCAGGAUGAAUAGAUUUUCAGUAAAGUCAGUCUGAAUUUUGUGAUUUCAGCUUAUUAAAUGUGAUUAUUUUCUGGUUUCUUUCCUCUUUUAUGACAGUAAACUGAAGAUAUUUGAAUUGAACAAAACUUUUGAGGAACAUGAUCCACAUUGUUCAUCAUUUUCAUGGAUUUUAUGGAUAUUUUUAGUUGCAGAUCUUCAAUGAACCUUCGUUAAACCAAACUUCAUUCAAAAAACUUCAAAGUUCUCUAGUUUUGAUCAGUGUUCAUGUUCUAAUAUCUCCUUUAAGUUGUUUAUACUGUGCUUCAGAAUAUAAAUAACUCCUGAGGUGUUGCUCUUUUCCUCCUGUUUGGAUAUUUUCAGCGAUGACCUUGACCUUUAGAAGCUGUGUUUUGUUCUCUAAUGAUGAUCUCCAGUGUGUGAAGCGACUGAAGCUGAGGAGAGCUUGGUGUGUCGUGCUGUUUCACUCUCAGGUGGAUUUUUUUGGCCAAUAAAGACGAUCCCCUUAAUGCA